AUGGUCUUGCCACAUCGAACCGAGGGCAAUAGGAACAAGUUUUGUGACGUCGCUUCGCGUAUUGUGAAACUGCCCUACAUUGCCAUGUUUGCUGAACUCCUCUCGUCACUGAGCGCCGCAAUGUUGCUUGAUGGAGAAAAAUGGGCUUGUGAAGCUUGCGUGCGGGGUCACCGCGUCAGCAAUUGUCACCACCAUGGGCGACCAAUCACUCAAUGUGCUCACUGUCGCGGUCUACGCGAGUCACACACUACUCACAUAAAGUGCGAGUGUGGUAAGAACGUUUACGAUGAGGACAACUUUCAAUACGCUGGUGAGCAACACCUCAGAAGGAAUAAUCAUCAACGAUGUGGCUGCAUUCAUGGACAGCGCUGCAUCUGUGCGCUAAAGAAAGAGCGUACUCCAUAUCCUGCCCCAAGGGUGGAACGGCCUCGGUCCCAGCCUGCUUCCAUGUCGAAGCUCGUGAGGACCCCGUCGGAUCGACAAGCUAGGGGUUACGCUUACUUUCCCCAGGAUAAUAGUAAUAAGCUUAACGCUGAACCCAACGACAUGUUGUCAGCCUCCGGGAUGCCGUACCCUGCUUUACUAUCGAACGUUGUUUGUUCGUCAUCCGACAACGGCUUUCACUCUGGAAACAGACUUUUCCCGGCGCAGGCUGCACUUUUGAAUAAUGAAACCUCCUACAGUGGCUUCGGCAAUUCAACAAAGCGCCAAAGUGUCCUGUCAAAUGCGAACCUAGCCUGGCCUGGAGAUCCUUCGCCACAGUUCUGGAACAUAUCGCAACAUUCUUAUCUUCAACAAGGUGUUCCACAGUUUGGCUCCUUUCCUAUGGUACCUUUGCCUGAUCUAGGGAACUCGGACGGAACCUCCGCAUUCCUUCCUUCGGUCUUACCCAGCUUUGAUAAGAUUCCUGCUGAGUUGGCUAAGACGGACGUCACUCCUGCGGCAUUGUCGCCAGUGCUCUCCACGAGUACCACGAGUACAACCAAUGUGGCUUCCCAGCAGACACAUGAAGAAAAUUUGUUGAAUCUCCCUGUUGAUGUGUAUGACUCGGCUGGUCUCGGUACUCUCUCAGAUGACUGGACAGACUUUCCGAGUGGCACGUAUGACCCCACCCUUCGCACUGCUACCGACAUACAACCUCCCUACACCAGUUUUGAUGUUGGGACCUAUAGCUUGGGGUUGCCGACGCUCUCGUCUAGUGAUAAUACUGUACUUAAUUGUUCUGAUGAAGUUUUCGGUCCCGAAAAUAUCCAGAAUGAUCCGCAUAAUCUUCAUAGUGUGAGCUUACAGAUUGGGAGUGGAAGCCAAUUUGGAUUUACACCGCGAUAA